AUGAAUGGCUCGGGUGGCCUGGACACCGAGGACACGAACGAGGCGGGCGGCAGGGGUAGCUGGCAGCCUGAGGCGGUCAUCGUGCCCAUGCUAUUUGCGCUCAUCUUCCUCGUGGGCACCAUAGGCAACUCACUGGUGCUGGCCGUGCUGCUUCGUGGUGGCCAGGCGGUCAGCACCACCAACCUGUUCAUCCUCAACCUGGGCGUGGCCGACUUGUGUUUCAUCGUGUGCUGCGUGCCCUUCCAGGCCACCAUCUACACCCUGGAUGACUGGGUGUUCGGGUCGCUGCUCUGCAAGGCGGUGCACUGCCUCAUCUUCCUCACCAUGCAUGCCAGCAGCUUCACACUGGCUGCCGUCUCCCUGGCAGGCAGGUAUCUGGCCAUCCGCUACCCGCUGCACUCCCGCGAGCUGCGCACGCCUCGCAACGCCCUGGCGGCCGUCGGGCUCAUCUGGGGGCUGUCGCUGCUCUUUUCCGGGCCGUACCUGAGUUACUACCGCCAGUCACGGUUAGCCAACCUGACCAUGUGCCACCCGGCGUGGAGCUCGCCUCGCCGCCGCGCCAUGGACCUCUGCACCUUUGUCUUCAGCUACCUGCUGCCCGUGCUGGUGCUCGGCCUGACCCACGCGCGCACCCUGCGCUACCUCUGGCGCGCCGUCGACCCGGUGGCCGCCGGCUCGGGCGCCCGGCGCGCCAAGUGCAAGGUGACGCGUAUGACCAUCGUCGUGGCCGCGCUCUUCUGCCUCUGUUGGAUGCCUCACCACGCGCUUAUCCUCUGCGUGUGGUUCGGCCGCUUCUCCCUUACGCGCGCUACCUACGCGCUGCGUAUCCUCUCGCACCUGGUCUCCUACUCCAACUCCUGCGUCAAUCCUAUCGUCUAGGCUCUCGUCUCCAAGCACUUCCGCAAGAUCUGCGCGGGCCUGUUGCGCCGCGCCCCGCGCAGAGCCUCCGGCCGCGUGUGCGUCGCGGCCCAGGGCACCCGCAACGGCAGCGUGCUGGAGCGCGAGUCCACCGACGUAACGCACGUGAGCGAGGCAGCCGGGCCCUCUGCUCCUGGGCCGGCGCCUUUUAGCUGCCAGUACUCGAGCUCGGUUCCCAGCCUGUCCUGGCGGGACCAAAAGGCUCCCAAAGCCAUCUUGACAAUUAAUUUACAAGGAAAGAGGGCGGCCCGCACCGAAGGCGGCAGAGUUAAAAUCCGCGUAGAAAGGGUCCCUGAGGCUGGGGAGCGCGGGACGACCGAAGGCUCUUUGCACGUGGCCAUGCGGAAGCGCCAGCUGUAUAUAGAUCGGGGAACCAGCAGCCGCCAGUGA